UGCCGGAUUCCACCACUAGAGCUCCCCGCUCGGUUCACCUGCUGCCCCUCGGCUCCGUCUGUGUUUACCUCUUUCCCCACCUCUGCUGUCCGGCGGCAAGCUGGGACACAAAUCCCCGCCCGAAGCUUCGGCUCGAGAAUUACUAAUGUAAGCUGCCUGGUGUCUGUUCCUUUGCGGAUUUUCUGCAGCGCCGUGUGCCAGUGCCGCCAAGGCGGAGGUAAGAUGAAUAAAGAAAUUAUGUCCCGGGUUGUGAAGAAGAGGCAAGCGGAUCCCAAAGUGGUUCAGUACGUGUGGGCCGCCAUUGAGGUCAUUCGCAACCAGAAACAAAUUGCAAACAUGGACAGAAUCUCAAAGUACCUAAGCCGCGUAUUUGGGAUGCACCCUAAGGAGACUGCCAGACAGCUGAGCCUGGCUGUGAAGGACGGCCUGGUGGUGGAGACCCUGACUGUGGGCUGUAAAGGCUCCAAGGCGGGCAUUGAGCAGGAGGGGUACUGGCUGCCCGGGGAUGAGAUGGAGCCGAAAGCAGAGGGAAGCAAGUGGAGGCAGGAGGAAAACCAGGAUUGGGAGGCGGAGAGCCAUGACUGGUACUGCUUUCAGUGUCACCUACCAGGCGACGUCCUGCCAUGUGACAACUGCUUCCGGGUUUACCACCUGAAGUGUCUCUCAGAGGAGUUCAAGCCCAGAGACGGAGGAUCCCACUGGCAGUGCACCGUCUGCAGGGUGGGGGCUCACGCCUUCAAAUGUUCACCUACACCUCCUUUAGGGCUGCAACAAGGGAGUAAAAAGAAGAACCUGAACAAACAGGAGAUGUCUAAAUACCUGCGUUUCAUUGUUCAGCGUAUGAAGGAGAGGGCUGUUGACCUGAACAAAAAAGGCAAAGACACUAAACACCCCAUGUACAGAAGACUGAUCCACACUGCACUGGACGUCAGCAACAUCCAAGAGAGCCUCUCUGAAGGAAAGUACAAAAGCUUCGAUGAGUUUAAAGCAGACGCUCAGCAGAUAGUUCACAACACAGCCAUCCUGUACGGAGUUCACAGCGAUCAGGCAGAGAUUGCACGGUUGCUCUUCAGUGACACAUGCCACGAGUUAAAUGAGCUGAUGCUGUGUAAGAACUGCUUCUACCUGUCCAACGCCCGGCCAGACAACUGGUUCUGUUAUCCCUGUAGCCCCAGUCAUGAUCUGGUCUGGGCUAAAAUGAAGGGUUUUGGUUACUGGCCUGCAAAAGUCCUUCAGAGGGACGAUAACCAGGUGGACGUGCGGUUUUUUGGACACCAGCACCAAAGAGCGUGGAUCCCUUCAGAGAACAUCCAGGACAUCAAGGUGAACGUCCAGCAGCUGCAAGUGAAGCGCAGCAACGGCUGGAAGAAGGCGUGCGAGGAGCUGGAGGUGUACCAGCGCUUUCUGAAGGAGGGGCGUUACUGGAAAACAAAGCUGGAGGACAGCCCACCGCCUCAGCGGCAGCAGGAGGACGCGAGCGGGAGGAGUGACCGGCUGGAGCGGACGGAGGAGGCAGAGUCCAGCAUCUCCUCCACCAGCAACGAGCAGGUCCGCCAUCUCAAAGGCAGCUUGGAGCCCAAGGCGAAGAAAAGUCGUCGAACUCAAGCUGUUGAACCCAAAGAGGAAGUCAGCGACCCGGAGCCGGAGAUGGAGGCGGUCAGCUCCAGCCAGGAGAUCCCUGUGUGUUCGGCGCCGCAGCAGCCAGAGAAGCUGUCUGUGUCCACGCAGACGAAGAAGGCCAGCGGAGGGUCGCCGCGCACGCUUCACCGCGGCACCCAGACCAACAGCGAAGGCGCCUGCCAGAACAUGUGCCACGAGAAGUACACCAAGGUUUUCAACGACGUCAAAGAGAUGAUGAAGGCCGACAACAAGAGGGAGACGGAAAGAGUGGUCAGAGAAGCUCUGGAGAAGCUGCGAGCAGAGAUGGAGGAGGAGAAGAGGCAGGCGGUGAGUAAAGCAGUGGCCGGGGCUCAGGCGGAGAUGGACAGGAAGUGCAAGCAGGUGAAGGAGAAGUGUAAAGAGGAGCUGGUGGAGGAGGUGAAGAAGCUGGUGGCCCAACACAAACAGCUCAUCUCCCAGACCAAGAAGAAGCAGUGGUGCUACAACUGUGAGGAGGAGGCCAUGUACCACUGCUGCUGGAACACCUCCUACUGCUCCAUCAAGUGUCAGCAGGAGCACUGGCACGCCGACCACAAACGAACCUGCCGCAGGAAGAGAUGAGCCGGCCCCGCCCCCCUCUGACAUCACACAUGGCACCCCCCUGCUGUCAGUCAGUCAGUCACCAACAUACGCGCUCUCCUCCCUCCAGCUUCUCCUCUUGCCUUGAUAAAACUGUGUGGACCCGCCGACGAGCGAUUUAAAGUUCAUUUCCCCUCUGUGAUGACUCUAUACCCCCCCCCCCCCCCCCCCCCCCCCCCCGAUUUGUGAACAAAUUUCUCCAAAGCAUGACUCAAAUGCUGAGUUAUGAAAUGUGUUUUUGUUUUGUUUUUUCUGCUGGAGAAUGUUAUUUAUGCGAGAAACAAGUGAGCGCUGCCUGAGAAUGUUUUAUUAGGAUUUUUAAAAAUGUGGGUUUUUCUAUCCCACAUGCAUCAAACAAGAAUGAACAAAGAAACCGUCACGGACGAGGAGAACUCUGCAGACGGCCCGCUUGGAUUGGUGGUGGUGGUGGAUUGCACCUUUUGAAUCGUUUCUACCUAGAAUCUCAGCAUCAACAAGUCACUCUUUGGGAACAGGGUCAGAGGUCGGCCCUAAAAGACGCCGGCUCAACUAAUCAUUUGUGUCCACGAUGAUCAUAACUGCACACGUGUGGCUUUCUUCAUUUGAUGGGAAGAGAUCCUGUGCCGGGUCUCAGACAGGGUUCAUGCUUUUUGUUUCUUUGCACACAUUUCAUGUCUUCAUGAAUCCCAAACAAACAAACAAACCCAGAGCUUGUAAUGUUGCCAAAAAGCCUGGCGUCAGUUUGAAGUCACCCGCAGAGUCGUCCCGCUCCACGCCUGCGCCGUCAGUCCCUUUCCAGAGACUCUGCGUUUGCUGUUGUUGGUGCUCAGUGCCUGUUUGUUUCGGGGCUCGUCUGCAUGCCGACAGCUUCACACUUUAGGUUUUUAAUUUAUGGCAAAAAAAAGAAAAAACGGCGUGAGGAGCAAAAAUGGAGGCAGUGGUUCAAAAUAUUAUGCAAAUGUAAAGCAGGAAUUCCUGUUUUGUAGUCUUUUCUUUCCUCUGUGGUGUGUAACUGUGGUGCUCUGAUUCUGUUUUCUAAAGGCAAUGAGAUUGCCAGAUUCAAACCUUUGAUUGUUUCCUUAGUGAUGAACUUUUUACAGAAGUGCUGAUCAUCAUCAUCAUCGUCAUCAUCAUUAAUGGACAGAACUGUGUUUGGAACCGUCGGCUUGUUUUUGUUUUUUUACAACAAACCAUCCCAGAAGAUUGAUUAAAUCGAUUGUUUAGACAAAAAUGUCCGUAGCUUUCCCCAAUUGUGUUAUAAAAAAAAUGGACUUUUCUUUUCCCAUGAAUUCCAUCCAACCUGAACCUUUCUUACAGAAAUAUUUGUGGUCUUUGAUCUUCAGUAGUUGAUCAGACGGUCUCUGCUCUGUGUCUGCUGAGCUUUAGCUCUGCUUCCUCCUUACUUUAUGCUUUAGUUACUGUAGGAUUAAUGCCAUGCUAUUUGGUUUUUGUUGCCAAACUAAACAAAAAGCAGAUUGUUUUUUUUGAGGGGUUUGACCCGCCGCUUUCAGAGCGAUGGCUCCGCCCCUCCUGAUGGCAGAGGGAGGGGAUCAGUGGUCCUCUGGAUUUUAGUGCGUUUUAAACAUCAGUUGAUGAUGAAAUCUCUGUAUUUUAAAUAUCAAGCCCCCCCCCUCUAAGUAGUUCCUUGUGAACGUGUUUCUGUCAGGUUUCUUUUUGUAAGAUGUCUUUCUAGACGCUGCAGAAAAACAUCCGGACCUGGAAUCGUUUCUGCGUACUUUUUGAGCAGCUCGGAUUUGAGGUUUCUUUUUUCCCCGGAUCGCAGUCGUCCAGAUGGAGACGGAGAAGAUCGGUGGUGUUUGGACUCUGAGGUGAUUUCGUUUUGGUUCCUCCUCUCUCGUCAUGUCUGCUCCGUCGUCGGGUCACUUUUCCAGUCUCAUGGUUGCACUACAUGUAAAUAUCAGUAAACCUGCUUCAUGUCGGUGUGUAAAUUAAGUGGCAUUUAAUAUUUCAGUGAUCUGGAUGACUGUUGGUCCUAAUUUUGUACAAUGUACAACUGAUAUCAGCUUUCAUGUCACUUUGUAUGUAUUUCCUUUUUUUUUUAAAUGUUUUAAAACCUUCAAUGCGUAAAUGAAGAUGAAGCAGCUUUUUGUUCUUCUGGUUUUAAACUCAUGUUGGAAUGUUUUUAUAUCUGUGCAUCAGCCAUGUCGGUUUAAGUUUUUUAAUCUUCUUUUGUGUGUUUAAGUUUUUAUCUCACUCUGCUUUGUAUUCCUGGAGUUUUAAACGCAUGCAUAAAAGCCGUGUGGAUUUCCUCCCCCCUCAUUUCAUGGUGUAAGCUAAAAAUAAAAGACGUAGUUGCACUCAAACUGCAAUAUGACAAUGUUUUUGUUUUCCGGGAGGCGAUGCUGUUUCCAGAUGUGUGAGGCGGAUUCCAGCUGGAAAAAGGGAGUUGAUCAGAUGAUCAAACGCGUCUAGUUUUGAGGUAUUUUACUAUGUGAUUUUGAGAUGGAUCCUUCUUGUACUUAAAGUACGUCUGACAGGAAGGAAAACGGCUGUAAAGGUUUCUCUGCUCUCACUUCUAGUAGGUCAUCCUCUUCUGUUCUGUCCACAUGUAAACUAUUAACCAUAGCAACAUUUUUUAAUGCUGCCAGUCUUUUGUUUUUGUACACUUUAGCUAGCAAUAUGUAUAUAAAUAUAUUCUAUGUGCUAACAUGGAGAAAUAAAUGUAUCAACCAGU